CCAGACAGGUUCAACGUGUUCCUCCUCCCCUGCCCCAACCUGGACGUUUAUGGCGAGUGCAAGCUGCAGAUCACCCAUGAAAACAUCUACCUCUGGGACACGCACAACCCCCGGGUGAAGCUGGUCUCUUGGCCUCUCUGCUCCCUGCGCCGCUACGGGCGUGACACCACCCGCUUCACCUUCGAGGCCGGACGGAUGUGUGAUGCGGGGGAAGGUCUCUACACCUUCCAGACGCAGGAAGGCGAGCAGAUCUACCAGCGCGUGCACAGCGCCACGUUGGCCAUCGCUGAGCAGCACAAGAGGGUCCUGCUGGAGAUGGAGAAGAAUGUCAGGCUGCUGAACAAGGGCACCGAGCACUUCUCCUACCCCUGCACCCCCACCACCAUGCUGCCCCGCAGCGCCUACUGGCACCACAUCACUGGCUCCCAGAACAUGGCCGAGUCCUCCAGCUAUGCCGGGGAGGCAUAUGCAGGUGCCCAGGCCAGCUCCGACACCGAACCCCUCAACAGGUUCAUCUUGCUGAAGCCAAAGUCCUCCAAAAGUGACAAGCCUGAAAGCAGGGAGCCCACAUCAUCCCCAUGA